AAAAACCGUCGGCGACAUGGAAGGACCUGCCUUGAAUGCGCGCAAAACAGGACCCAAAAGAAGGCAUGAGUCAUUACUGAGGACUCUGGCACAACCGGCAAACACUGUGCCAAAACUGGCGGAUAAAACGCACCUGGAAUUCAAUGUGAUUACCAGCGAGAAGCUGCCAGAGUAUGCCCGGCUGGACAUCUUUCAUCGUGCUGUAUAUCCAUUCAUGUUCCUGGCCCAGUGCUUUGCUGUGAUGCCCUUGACUGGCAUCCGGGAGCCCAAUCCGCGACGAGUUCGCUUUACCUACAAAUCGUUGCCCAUGGUCGUUACGCUCACGUUUAUUGCAGCCGCUUUGAUGAUGGAACUGGCCAUGCUCAAGCACUUACUGCAGAUAGGCAUUAAUGCCAAGAAUUUUGUAGGUCUUGUGUUCUUUGGCUGUGUGUUGAUUGCUUGCGUUGUCUUUAUUCGUUUGGCCCGACGUUGGCCUCCGCUGAUCCGCUAUUGGACACGCACGGAGCUGGUCUUCACCAGGGCGCCCUACGAAAUGCCCAAAAGGAACUUAUACAGACGCGUGCAGUUGGCUGGCAUGAUGAUCAUUGGACUGUCGUUGGGGGAACAUGCCAUGUAUCAGGUUUCUGCAAUUCUGAGCUACAAGCGGCGCGUAAAUUUGUGCUCUGCGGCGGCCAACAUUACAGCUGUGACCAACUUCGAGGACUAUAUUAGCUUGAACUAUGAUUAUGUGUUUCAAUGGCUGCCCUACAGCCCCAUCAUUGCUUCUUUAAUACUGCUUAUCAAUGGAGCCUGCACUUUUGUGUGGAACUACAUGGAUCUGUUCAUCAUGAUGGUCAGCAAAGGACUUGCUUAUCGCUUCGAGCAGAUCACGGCACGCAUACGCAAGCUAGAGCAUGAAGAGGUGGCCGAAUCCACGUUCAUCGAAAUCCGUGAGCACUAUGUAAAGAUGUGCGAACUGCUGGAGUAUGUGGACAGCUCCAUGUCCAGCCUUAUACUACUUUCCUGUGUGAAUAAUUUGUAUUUUGUUUGCUAUCAGCUUCUGAACGUGUUCAACAAACUCCGCUGGCCCAUCAACUAUGUUUACUUUUGGUACUCUCUGCUCUAUCUAAUUGGACGUACGGCCUUUGUGUUCCUCACGGCAGCGGACAUCAAUGAGGAGUCGAAGCGUGGUCUGGGCGUACUGCGACGCGUCUCCAGCAAGAGCUGGUGUGUGGAGGUGGAGCGCCUCAUAUUCCAGAUGACCACCCAAACGGUGGCUCUGUCGGGCAAGAAGUUUUACUUCCUCACACGCAGGCUUCUUUUUGGAAUGGCUGGAACCAUUGUCACAUACGAGCUGGUUUUGCUGCAAUUCGAUGAACCCAAUCGACGCAAGGGUCUGCUGCCCUUGUGCGCCUGAUGACAAACAACAUGCCCCC